UUCUGGGUAUUGUAGUCGCAACCUGUGAGAGGCCACUCCUCCGCCACAGAGUUCCUGUAUUAGUUUAAACUCUCAGUCCCGAAAUGCUCGGUGCCUGAGAGCAAACAGAGUAAAGAGAGAGCUGUAACGUGAGGAGGUGGACAUCACAGAUACGCCCUAGAAAAAAAAAAAGUGUAAAUGAUAGUGGAUCGGCCUCUUUUCCUGCCACAGCUCCGAAGCAAAACUACAACCCACGAUGAAAAUAUGGCAGCUGGAAGGGCAAGCUCCUUCCGUCGUGUUGGGAGUCUCAUGCGGAGUAAAUCUGAGGGGACACUGAUUGAUCUGGACGACAAAGUUUCGACCACUGACAACCUGAAUGGUGGAUAUGUGACACAGAACUCCGAGUGGCCACUUUUACAGCCAGAAGUCGCACGUUCAACUCACUCAAAAAAUCCCUUUUGGAACAAGCUGUCUGGAUCAAAUCCUUUCUUAGAUGACAUCGUGCAGAACAGUACAAAUAAUCACAUUUCCAACACAUCAAAUGUAAACCAAAACAAUGAAAAAGAUUUAAACACAAAUAACGAUGACGCCAUUAGCACAUCUUCAGAUGAAGGCAACUUGGGAAAGUUUUUGGAAAACAAACAGAAAAUCGGCAACAAAUCUGGGAGAUGGAAAAGUGCUUCAGACAUCCUGGAAGAACUGGAGAGAAAAGAGCCAAAACGGGAGGACAGCUUCAGACCGCCGGGGCCGGUGCUGAACCCAGAUUUUGAGUGGCUCAAGAAUGACAGAGAGGCCUACAAGAUAGCCUGGCUGAGCCACAGGCAGCUAACGCGCUCAUGUCUGGACUUAAAUCUGAUGAGCCAGAGUCCAGGCUGGGCUCAGACACAGGCCACCGACUCUCAGGUCAUCUGCAAGAUCGGCCACACUGGAGGGUCAGUGCAGCUGCCAGACUCAGAAAUUAGCAUCCAUAUCCCAGAAGGCCAUGUUCCUCCUGGAGAAGUCCAGGAAGUUACACUGAAAGCAUUGCUAGACCCUCCUCCUGGACUCAAUAACAACUAUGUGACAACCAUGAGUCCACUUCUAGAGGUGGUCCUCAGCAACAUCAACAUAAAAGAGUGCAUCUCUCUGGAGUUGAAACUGUCUGGAGAGGUGAAGAGCGACGCGUUGAGUCAGGUGAUGACUACUGUGGUCGGGCUGGUGUCCAACAAAAGAGAGGGACCUUACCUUAAAGUGAACGACUGUUACAUUUACAAGAACAUGAUGCAGAUGAAGGUGCAGGACCUAAAGAUGCAUUUUUAUGUGAUUGCAGUCGCAGAGGCCUCUGCGAUCCAGUCUCCUGCUACGUCAGUGUGGGAUUACCUCGAUCGCCAGAUCACAGUAGCAGUUUAUGGUCCCAGGUACAUCCACCCAUCAUUCAAGGUCGUGAUAGUGGUUUGCGGUCAUGGGGAAGUCCCGUCAAGGCUCUCGUUUUCAGCCAUCUCCAAAGCCAACAAAAACGUGCCUUCACUUGUGCUGCAGCUUUGGGGGAAACAUGGGUUCAAACCAGACAAACUGAACAACCUGCAAGUCGGUGUUAGCCUCACAGGCUCGAUGUUUAAAAUCAAACCGGAGGACGAACUGAAAGAAGUGAGGCAAAGUCAGCUCAAAAUAGGGACAGUUUUGCAUCUGCCAGUUGCCUUAUCUUGUGUUAGUAACACAGAAAUGACUCCUUUUAAAUUAGAUCUACAAGUGAAGGAAUCAAACGCUGCAGCUCUUGCACAGUUCCAGGUGCCUUCCCCUCCCGCUGCACCCAUCAGAUCAGAAAAGCGAGCGCCGAGGCAGAUAGAAAAGCGGACUGAAGUAGCAAGGACCUCACCUAUUCCUGAGGAAAGUGUUCCAGAUUUCCCCAAAUUCAUAGACAGACCUGUGAACCUGCAGUGGUAUUGUGUAGCCCUAAAGUCAGUCCUCCGUCAGCCACGUGUAGACUACCUUCUGGAGUACUUCAAGGGGGACACUGUGGCUCUCCUAUCCAAAGAGACUGUCAGGUCAGUGGGCAACUCCAAAGUAAAGGAGUGGUUUAUCGGAUUCCUUCGAGGCAGGAUUGGUUUGAUUCACUGCAAGAACGUCAAGCACAUAAGCAGAAACCAGGUGAUCGACUUCACCGGCAUUGAAAUGACCACAGAGGUCCUCUUGGACAACAUGACACUGCCCUUCAAGAAGCUUACUUACAUGUACUCCGCCAUCCAGACGUUGGUCACUGAACACAUAACCAGCUGGAGACCUUUGGCUGAUACUUUCGGGUACAGCAAGCUGACACUGGACACCAUCACACGGAGAAACGCCGAAACUGCGGCUGAUAAAGUGGCUUGCGUGCUGGAACAGCUGAAGGAAGACUGCCACGCCGAGAAGAGCAGGAAAAAGUUUCUGCAUGAGCUCAUGGUGGGUCUGUUGAAGAUGGACUCUAUGAAUCUUGUGGCCCAGCUGAUUCAGAACACAGUCAUUUUGUCCACCGCUGUGGAGCUGGGAGCUCGAUGGCGGGAGCUCGCUGAGAAGAUGGGAAAACUGUCCAGCUCUCAGAUAGCGGGUUAUGAGGCGCCGCACCGAGGGAAGAACGGAGAAGUCGGUGCCCCGGCAAUGUGGAAGCCCGCCUAUGACUUCCUGUACUCCUGGAGUCAGCGGUACGGAGACAGCUACAGGGACAUGAUCCAGGAUCUGCACCUGGUCCUGGACAAAAUGAAAAACCCUGCCACCAGACAGUGGAGGCAGCUGACCGGUGCCCUAAUCACAGCGAACUGUCUCGAUAUCUUUCGAGCCUCUGCAUACCCGAAUUUCUAAACUUUAUGCAAGCGCACAGUGAUGACAGCAACAGCUACGCACUUGGGAAACACAGAGAGGUUUUGUUACACGGCAAUAUGGCUUUGAUGUUGUUACUUUGCUCUUUUUUUUUGUUGUCGUAUAGUUUUUCUCACUCAUUUUUACACAUUAGAAGCUACUUUGUUGAAAUUCAAUCAGGUACUUGCACUAAAUGUUUGGAUCUCACGUGGUGAAUGUAAAAUAUGUUAUGUGAAGGAAUAUCACUUCAUUUUGCCAAGAGAAGAAAAUGAAGUGUAGCUUGUCACUUUUCUCUAUAUAUGUCUGUGCCAAUGUGAUGAAGCCUUAACGUGAAAGUUCAUUUUGGUAGAUCAUUUUCAGUCAAAUGUUUAUGAGGUCAGUAGUUCCUGACCGAUCAACUGUUCCUGGGUAUCAAUGAUCUAAAAUGUAAUCCUUUGCCUAUUAAUAGUAGGCUAAUGCUACAUUAUACAUUUACUGUUUCUGCUAAUGAGCAUUACCUAAAGAGCAGGUUAAAUUAUUAUUUAUGUAUCUAAUUUGAUUUCUUCUACUACAUUACUUAAUCACUGACUAUUAGGAAGAUCCAUGUCACCUUUAUGGAUCCUGUGAAAGUUUGUAUUAGUGGGAUUUUUAAAGGCGCAGUGUGUAGGAUUUGGCGGCAAUAGAUCCCCCUGAAUGCUACACACUGGCCCUUUAAGUUUUAGUUUUCUAUAAUAUACUGUAAGUAGUUAAUAAUAAUGUGAACACUGUCGCUAACUAACAAUCUCAAGGGUUGCAGUACUGACAGUACAUUAGUACAUUAAAUGGAGUGAAAAUGAGAAUGUUCUACCAAAGUGAAAGUUCCCUGAUGCCAGUAAACAAACCAUAAAGACGCUACUAUACAAGUGUCAUAAACUGUUGUUUCUUAAAUAUUAGUGUAUUUUUUAUACUGUAAUGUAAUGUUUUAGAUAUGUACAAAGCAGAUCAUUUUUAUAAGAUAUACAAUGUAAGCAUUGUCUUUGUAUGAUCAUGUUUUCACUGCCAAAUGGAAACCUCAUUGUUUAGAGUGGUGCCAUAAACAGCACACAGUGCUUUCAGUCACUGAAAUGUUAGACAACAAUUGCUGUCUUUAAUACUGAAAUGGAGAUGUGUUGCAUGAGAUAUGAAUAAAUAUUAACUGAAGUAAAUGACUAAUA